AUGGGAACUUACCUAGGACUUCCUGAAAAUAUUAGCGGCUCCAAGAAAAAAAUGUUUACGUUUAUCCAUGACCGACUAAGUAAACGCAUUAACUCUUGGUCGGCUAGGCUCCUAUCAAAAGGAGGAAAAGAUGUUAUGAUUAAGUCUGUGGCACAAGCCCUGCCAACUUAUGUAAUGUCAUGUUUUCUUCUCCCCCAAGAAACCAUCAAGAAACUACAAGGUGCGAUUUCCAAGUUCUGGUGGAGCUCAAAACAAAACAAUAGAGGCUUACAUUGGAUUGCAUGGGAAAAGAUUUGUGUGCCUAUGGAAGAAGGUGGUUUGGGAUUCCGGGACUUAAAAAAUUUCAAUCUCGCACUGCUUGCGAAGCAAUUAUGGAGAAUAUUCCAUUAUCCCUCAUCUUUUCUCGCGAGAAUCCUAAAAGGACGUUACUUCUGGCUUUCAAACCCGCUUGAUGUUAAGAAAGUCAACUCCCCAUCCUAUGGUUGGAAAAGUAUGAUGGCGGCAAGAGAACUCCUUGUCUCAGGACUAAGAAGAGCGAUAGGGUCGGGGGCUAACACAGCUGUGUGGCGAGACCCGUGGAUACCGGACAGCAAACCGAGGCCACCAACUAAGCGUGGAACCUUCCAAGAUCCAUAUCUCCUAGUCUACCAUCUCAUUAAUCAAGAAACAAAAGAAUGGAAACUUGAAACUCUAAGACAAUUGUUCACAGAGGAGGAUGUACGCUGGAUCCAAGGGAUACGACCAUCACGAGUCCCCACAACUGACCGUCUGGUAUGGGCCUAUACAAAGUCGGGGGUCUAUACAGUCAAAUCCGGUUAUGAUCUUGCCAUGAGUAAGACGGAAGUGAUCACAGGCCAAGUCCUAGAGCCAAGUACUACCGUACUGAAACGAAGGGCAUGGAAAACGAGGACGACAAAAAAGCUCAAGCACUUUCUAUGGCAAUGCAUCACGGGAUGUAUCGCUGUCCGGGACAUACUAGUAGAUCGGCAUUGUGGUACAGAAAGAUCAUGCCCUCGCUGUGGGGCAGAGGCGGAAACCGUUAACCAUUUAAUUUUCACAUGCCCAGCUGCCACUCGGGUAUGGGAAAGCUCCGAUAUUCCAACCUCUCCGGGCGUUUUCCCGUGUACCUCUCUUUUCAGUAAUUUUGAUUACCUUAUGUGGCGUGCACCAGACGCUGGAGUUCAUGAACAGGCCCUCGCGAAGUAUCCAUGGAUGAUAUGA